AUGUUCAGCCCCAAGCAAGGUUUUGACUUGCAAGGCUCCACAAGCAGGAGGCCGAAUGGGGUGGUGGAUGUGUACGCGGAAAUGAUGAAACAGAGGGAAGCCUUUGUCGGAGACAAGUUCAGAGGAACUGGGGAGAAACCCCCGCUUCGCAUCAACAUGAAGGCACUCGGCUUUUCCGUUCGUCGAUAA